GCGUCGUAAGUUGCUUGGCAAACAUUACCGUUUGUUUCAUAACAAUGCGAUUUGCAACGAAUGAAAAAAAAUUCUCCCUAUAAAAAGGUUAGAAAGUGGCAUUAAAAGCCCUAUAAAUAAUAUCGUCAGCAGUAUUUUUCUUUUUUUUUUCUUUCCAAAAGAAAAUAUUCAUCAUAAAUAAAUAAAUAAUAAUGUUUAAAUUAUUGUAAACUUGCGCAUUGUGAAAAUACGUAUCAAAUGUCUCGCAACCUGAGAGACAAUUAAGUAAUCAUGUAGACAUAACUAUUGCGAAAGGCAAAUAAUUUUCAUAAAGUAGUGACCAUUGCAUUUCAUAGAGAAUGUGCCGAUUGAUUUCAAUAAUUGAAACACGAUGUGUCACUGCAUAAAAUUUGAAUAAAAAUUUGGUGAACGUGUUUCAAACCAAAAUAAUCGCAGUAUAUUUUGUUUGUUUCGAACAGUUUGUGUGCUACGUUGACAGGCUGUUAUACUGGUACUGAUCGAAUCACACACGCGAUCACAAUACGCACACAUACAUACACACGGAGAGAGAGAGAGAGAGAGAGAGAGAGAGAGAGACGUCGUGUUUGACACAUGAAAAAUCAGCCAGUGACGUGUGUGUAGAUGUGAAUCGGAAGCUGACAGUGUGUUGAUGUUUUUUGUAAGCAGUACAGCAGCAGAGCACAGCACAGCACAGUACAGCAAAUACAAAUAAACUGUGUUGGUUCGCAGAAGGGAAAAAACAGUUCAGUGUAAAGGAAAAUUUUGUUACGAGCGAGAGAACGAGAGGAGUGUGAAAAAGUCAUUGUGUAAAAUUGAAUCGUAAUUUUCAUUUUUUCAAUCUGCGAUAAAUCGUGAAUAGUUUGGAAAAAAGCAAGUGUAAAGGAUAUGAAAAUCGUGUAUGCGUAGCUGAAAGCAGUCGAUGUCAUAACCUAUGACAAACUGCUACCCCAAAAUUUAUCUUUAGGUUUUUCUUUUUUUUCUAUUCUACAUCUGUAAGUGUAAGAAAUUAAGAUGGGUGACGUUGAUCCAGAAACAUUGCUGGAAUGGCUUUCUAUGAGUCAAGGCGAUGAGCGUGACAUGCAAUUGAUUGCUUUAGAGCAACUUUGCAUGCUAUUGCUAAUGUCUGACAAUGUUGAUCGUUGCUUUGAGAAUUGUCCACCGCGCACAUUCGUUCCAGCCUUGUGUAAAAUAUUCCUUGAUGAAUUAGCACCCGAAAAUGUGCUCGAAGUGACGGCCAGAGCAAUCACCUACUAUUUGGAUGUGUCAGCUGAAUGUACGCGUCGUAUCGUGGCAAUCGACGGAGCGAUUCGUGCGAUUUGCAAUCGAUUGAUUGUGGCCGAUUUGACUAGCCGAACAAGUCGUGAUUUAGCUGAACAAUGCAUCAAAGUUUUAGAAUUAGUGUGCACCCGAGAAGCGGGCGCUGUUUUUGAAGGUGGCGGCCUCAAUUCCGUGCUAUCAUUCAUUCGAGACUGCGGCUCACAGGUUCACAAAGAUACACUUCAUUCGGCUAUGUCCGUCGUUUCACGCUUGUGUACAAAGGUCGAACCGCAGAGUGCAACGAUCAAUGAGUAUGUAGAAAGUUUGAGCAAAUUGCUACAGCACGAAGAUCCAAUGGUGGCUGACGGCGCACUGAAAUGCUUUGCAUCGGUUGCAGAUAGAUUUAUACGAAAAGGGGUUGACCCACAGCCAUUGGCUGAACAUGGAUUAGUUAAAGAAUUACUCAAACGGUUAAGUAACGCGGCUGGUCAAACAGCUCCGUCAACAUCGGCAGGUAGUACACAGGAAUCAGCUGCCGCCUCGUUGACACCAAAAUCACAAACAGUUCCUGAAAAUGGCCGAUCGGUUCAAUCGAUUUCAACAACGAUUUCGCUGCUAUCAACACUUUGCCGUGGCUCACCGAGCAUUACACAUGAUUUGCUACGUUCAAAUUUGCGUGAAGCAAUGGAACGCGCGCUGAAAGGCGAUGAACGAUGCAUUCUGGAUUGCAUGCGCUUAGCUGAUCUAUUGCUUAUGCUUUUAUUCGAGGGAAGAGAAGCAUUAAGCCGUGUCGGUUAUUCAUCACAAAGUCAAUACACAACACGUGUACGACGUACAGAUUCGACUCACGAACGGACGCAUCGUCAACUGAUCGAUUGCAUUCGAAGCAAAGAUAGCGAGGCAUUAAUUGAAGCCAUUGAAAUGGGUGGCAUUGAUGUAAAUUGCAUGGAUGAUGUUGGUCAAACGCUACUGAAUUGGGCAUCCGCAUUCGGUACAUUCGAAAUGGUGGAAUAUCUGUGCGAAAAGGGGGCCGAUGUGAACAAAGGUCAACGCAGUUCAUCGUUACAUUACGCUGCAUGUUUUGGUCGACCGAGCAUUGCAAAGAUACUGCUCAAACAUGGAGCCAAUCCGGAUUUGCGUGAUGAAGAUGGAAAAACACCGUUAGACAAAGCACGCGAACGCGUCGAUGAGGGUCAUCGUGAGGUGGCUUCAAUUUUGCAAUCGCCAGGCGAAUGGAUGUCUGCCGGACGAUCUGAUCAAAAGUACAAUGCAUACGAUGGCACCAGUGAACCACGUGGCGAUUCCGAAAUGGCGCCCGUUUAUCUAAAGUUUUUCUUGCCAUUGUUCUGCAAGACAUUUCAAGGCACCAUGCUAGGCAGCAUUCGAAAAUCGAGUUUAGGAUUAAUUAAAAAGAUGAUACAAUACGCGCAGCCCGAUCUUUUAACGCAGCUAUGCUCUGCCCAACGGGAGAAUCUCGGCAUUCUACUUGUAGAGGUUGUUGCUAAUGUUCUUGAUGUUGAAGAUGACGAAGACGGACAUUUUGUUGUGCUUAACAUACUCGAGGAGAUUAUGCUGAAAACCGGCAAUGAGUUUUUGGAUAAUUUUGCACGGCUUGGAGUUUUCUCGAAAGUUCAAGCGUUGAUGGAUGAUGAGUCCGAGAGCGAAAGUUCGGUCAUAAAAUCGCCAACCGAUUCCGAUUUGCCAGCACAAUCAUCAUCACAGCCGUCCACAUCAGGCGCCACAGACGAACCGAGUACAAAAUGCGACGAUCAUGCUGAAGAUGCUAAGGAAAUUCUACAGGGCAAGGCCUAUCACUGGCACGAAUGGAACAUAUGCCGAGGUCGAGAUUGCUUGUACGUAUGGUCGGAUUCGGCAGCUUUAGAACUAUCAAACGGUUCAAACGGAUGGUUCCGUUUCAUUCUUGAUGGCAAAUUGGCAACGAUGUACUCAAGUGGCAGCCCAGAAAAUGGAAACGACAAUUCAGAAAAUCGUGGUGAAUUUUUGGAAAAACUGCAGCGAGCCCGAACCGGUGUACGCAGCGGAAGUGUGUCACAAAAUAUUCUGUCGUCUGUGAGUCCAUUGCGAUUGGUGGUGGGCAAUUGGUUAUUGAGCUGCCAAAAGGAUGGUCAAUUGCACAUAAAUAAUACGGAGAGUCAACAAGUGACAAUACUGCAGGAUGAAUUGCCCGGUUUCAUAUUUGAAAGUAACCGAGCUACAAAGCAUACGUUCCGUGCCGAAUCAAAUCUCGGACCCGACUUUACGUCCGGUUGGUCAACACAACGGAAGAAGAAAGUCCGUUCGAAAACCGAAGCACAAAAGGUUCAAGUGAAACACAAGGCUCGUGAUUUGUACAAUCGUUAUUUCAAAGCUGCACAAGCGGUUCCAAGAGGUGCUGUUGCUAAACUGUCACAAAUCGUCACAUUGAUCGAACAAUCGAUGAGUGAACAAUGCUCGUAUCGCAGUCAUCGGAAUCGUACUAGCGAUUGGCAAACGAAAUUGCGUAAUGCGUUCAACGAUUUGGCAGAAUUGUUACAUGACGAAGAUGGUGUUGUAAGUGCCUAUGAAAUGCAUAGUUCAGGCUUAGUCCAAGCCCUGCUGACAGUGCUUUCUAAAAAUGCAUGGGAAAAUGAUAUAUCACGGAAUAAAAUCAAUAAAUUUCACAAGCAACGCGUGGCAAUUUUCAAACAGUGCAUUCUGAACAAUGCGAAAAAUGAUACGGCUUCAAUGCUGGUCCAAAAACUAGUGGCUGUUCUUGAAAGUACGGAAAAAUUGCCCGUUUACGUGUACGAUGGUCACGGCUCUGGAUAUGGUCUACAAAUUCUGACAAAACGUUUGCGAUUCCGUUUGGAACGUUCACCUUGCGAAUCCACGUUAUUCGAUCGAACUGGACGCUCUCUGAAGAUGGAGCCGCUUGCAACAAUCGGCCAACUAGCAAAGUACCUAAUGCGAACGGUGGCAAAGCAAUGGUUCGACAUGGAACGUUCAACGUUUAUUUUCCUGAAAAAGUUACGGGAAGAUGAAAUCGUAUUUAAGCAACAGCAUGAUUUCGAUGAAAACGGCCUAAUUUACUUCAUCGGAUCGAAUGGCAAGACAACCGAAUGGGUGAAUCCAGGGCAAUAUGGUCUAGUGAAUGUCAGUAGCUCGGAAGGAAAGCAUUUGCCGUACGGACGUUUGGAAGAUAUUCUAUCUCGUGAUUGUGUCAGCGUUAACUGCCACACGAAGGACAACAAAAAAGCGUGGUUCGCCAUUGAUUUGGGCGUUUUCAUCGUACCAACCGCUUACACAUUGAGACAUGCUCGUGGCUAUGGCAGAUCUGCCCUGCGACACUGGCUGUUGCAAGGCUCCAAAGAUUCAGUGAACUGGGUCACACUGGUUACACACAAUGACGAUCGAAGCUUAACAGAACCGGGAAGCACUUGCACAUGGGCAAUUUUCUGUUCACCAGAAGAGACCGAAGGUUUUCGACAUAUUCGAAUCCAACAAAAUGGGCGCAACGCUUCGAAUCAAACACAUUAUUUGAGUUUGAGCGGCUUUGAAAUCUACGGCCGUGUCUUGUCCGUAUGUGAAGAUAUGGGAAAAACUGCCGUAAAGGAGGCCGAAGCAAAAGUGCGUCGAGAACGAAGACAAGUUCGUUCGCAGCUAAAACACAUAACUACAGGAGCAAGAGUCGUACGUGGCGUAGAUUGGCGAUGGGACGAUCAAGACGGUACAGGUGACAGUCGAGUUGGAACAGUAACAGGUGAAAUCCAUAACGGUUGGAUUGAUGUAAAAUGGGAUCAUGGCGUACGAAACUCGUAUCGUAUGGGUGCUGAAGGAAAAUAUGAUUUGAAAUUGGUCAAUUGUGAUAAUUUGCCGCUGCUCGAAGCCGGUUGUUCGUCAUCAAAUGCGCCAGUCAUGUCCGUAUCGACGAAAAAAUUUGAAAAAUCAAAUGUUCUGGUGAAUCGAAAGUCUAGUUCGACGCCAAGUCUUCCAGAGGCAACGGAAAAUCUUAACAUUAGCUCGGUAGCAUCGACCGAUCAGGCUUCGUCGGCUGACAAUUUGACAUGGAAACAAGCAGUUGAAACGAUUGCCGAGAAUGUGUUCACAUCCGCAAAAUCGGACAUUGUAUCCGGAACUGAAGAGAAACCAAACAAUCGACCAGAUGUGUCUGUGCAUGCGUUGCGUGAACUCGAACACCAUCAUGAUCUGUCACUAAUUAAUCACACGCAAAAUGCUACAACAUCAUCCGAUUUAGCUACAAUCACCGAGAACUACACAUUGGGCAGCGAAAGCAUGAAAUGUAAUGUUCCGUCGAGCAGUGCAUUUGCACGUGCCUCAACGCACUCAGAAGAUAAGUUGACAAACAUCGAAGCAAACAAUAAAAUGAAUACGAGCAACUCAGUGAAUUCGAUUAGUAAAACGCUGUUGGGUAGUUUGCGUGGCUGCACCGCCAGCAGAGUGUCACAGAUUUCGUCGGAGGCCUUGGAUGUGAUCGAUAAAAUGCGAGAAAUUCGAAACAGUACAAACAACAUCAUAUCAUCAGAGAUUUUACAAAUUCCACCGAAUGCACAUUUGGUGACAUCGGCACCGGUGAAACUGUCAUCAUCGGUUCAAAAGCACUCGACGGCCUCAUCAUCGGAUGGUGACAAACAUCGUGGCAAAUUAAAGUCAAGUCAUGGCUUAAAACAAAACAAACGACAAAUUGUCACCGUUGAUGAAAGUUGUACACCAACGACGGCAUCUCUAGUUCCGAUUGUGGUAAAUUCGAUUCAAUCUAUUCCAACGGCAACAAUUUCAAAUCCAUCCACUGCUCCGCAACCACAGACUGAGACCACGAGCACCCCUCAAGAUGAAAACAAUGCGUCAAACAGUUGUGAGGAUGUCGUUGGUAAUUCGACAACAAUGAGCAUCAGCGUGCCAAAUCUGGCUACAUCGAAUGAAAGCACGAGUCAAAUUGUACCUGUCUCACCGCCCGGCUUACUAGAAACAUUCGCUGCAUUGGCUUCAAGACGCCGCACUUCUGGCAGCAGUUUCCAAACAAAUAACCAGCCCAUUCACAAUCUGAAUCAAACAAACUCAUCAAAUGUGAACACAAGUCAACAACAAAGCAGUUUCUUCCCACGUGGUCCAAACUCUGUAUCAAGCUUAGUGAAAAUGGCGUUGUCAAGCAAUUUCCACACCGGUUUAUUGAGCACCGCUCAAAGCUAUCCUAGCCUCACUUCGUCAGCUACCAGCACAAGCACUAACAUCUUGAAUAGUUGCUCUCGUGUAACAUCGGCCAAUUCUGGACAGGCCACAUCAAUUAAUCCAACAUUAACAAUGAGUUUGACAUCGACAUCGAGUGACAGUGAACAAGUUAGUUUCGAAGACUUUUUGGAUAGUUGUCGCGGUGGGCCAACUCUGCUUGGCGAAUUGGACGAUGAAGAAGGCAUGGAAGACUCAAACGAAGACGAAGAUAAUGACGAGGAAUUCGAAGAUGUUGGAAGUACUUUGCUACAAGUGAUGGUGUCACGAAAUCUAUUGAGUUUCAUGGAUGAUGAAACUCUGGAGAAUCGUUUGGUUGCUGCUGGAAAGCGCAAAUCAUGGGACGAUGAUUUCGUUAUAAAGCGACAAUUUUCCGCAUUGAUUCCAGCCUUUGAUCCUCGACCAGGCCGUACAAAUGUGAAUCAAACGUCCGAUUUGGAGAUACCACCGCCCGGUUCAGAGAGUGACAGCAAAUCAUUGGUUGUAGCACAAAUGGUGCAGCCAUCAUUGAUCCUAAGCAUUCGUGGUCCAAACAUCAACGGCGUUGCUGAUGUUGAAGUUCCACUGUCAAAUCCAGACUGGACCAUUUUCCGUGCGGUUCAAGAGCUGAUUCAGCAAACAUCGAUGGUCAAACAAGAUAAAAUGCGUAAAAUCUGGGAACCAACCUACACAAUAAUCUACAAGAAAGCCAACAGGGAUGACGAAUUUGGAAUGGAAGAAGACAAAACAACACCGGUCGUGUCGAUAAUAUCGCCGGGUCAAAGCAGCUCAUCGACUCUAUCGCCGAAUUCACCGAUUGCAUCAACCCGUAAUCAGUGUUCAAUCGACGAUGUACUUCAAUUGUUAACGCAAAUGAAUGCAAUCAACGAUGAUCCUACAUCGUUCAACACUUCGAUACCGUCCGAAAAUCCACUGUGCGAAUUGAACUCCGACCUUUUCCUAAGCAAAAAGAUAACCAACAAAUUGUUGCAACAGAUUCAAGAUCCGCUUGUACUGUCCAGUCACAGUUUGCCGUCGUGGUGUGAGAAUUUAAAUCAAUCCUGUCCCUUUUUGUUCCCAUUCGAAACUCGGCAAUUGUACUUUAAUUGCACCGCGUUUGGAGCAUCGCGUAGCAUUGUUUGGCUUCAAUCACAACGUGACGUUACACUGGAGCGACAACGUGUGCUGGGUUUAAGUCCACGACGUGACGAUCAACAUGAUCAACAACAAUUCGGCCGAUUGAAGCAUGAACGUGUCAAAGUUCCACGUAACGAUAAUUUGCUCGAAUGGGCAAUGCAAGUGAUGAAAGUACACAGCAAUCGAAAAACUGUGCUUGAAGUCGAAUUUUCGGGCGAAGAAGGAACUGGUCUUGGGCCAACACUUGAAUUUUAUGCUCUUGUUGCAGCCGAAUUACAACGAUCCGACUUGGCUAUGUGGUUGCACGAAGACGAAAUUAAAACGAAUGAAAGCGAAGAAACUUAUUUGGCCGAAGGUGCCAAACCGAUUGGAUAUUACGUGCAGCGUGUGUCUGGCCUGUUCCCAGCCCCAUUGCCACAAAUUUCCGAGCAAUGUGAACGUGUAUCGAAAUACUUCUGGUUCUUGGGUGUUUUCUUGGCGAAAGUGCUUCAAGAUGGUCGCCUGGUUGACUUGCCACUAUCGAAGAGUUUCCUUCAAUUGCUCUGUCACAAUAAAAUUCUUUCGGACACGAGGAAACUCACCGCAUUGAAUAAGAAAUACAAUGAAGAUGUUAUGGUAUCGAGCAUCAUGUCUGAAGAAAGUGAAAUUGAUGUGUCGGACACGCUAUCAAAACUUCAACUGCAAUCCGCUUUCAAUCAGGCGGCUUGGUACGAAGACAUUUUGACCCAGUCGAAUCUUGAAGAAAUCGAUCCGAUUCGCGCCAAAUUCUUGCAAGACUUACAAGAGUUGGUUCGUAGAAAGCAAACCAUCGAACAGGAUGACACGAUUGAUGAUCAGGAAAAAGAGCAACAAAUCAACGAUCUUAAACUGGAGACCAAUUCAGGAGCCGUGUCAAUUGAAGAUCUAUCGUUGACUUUCACAUACUUGCCGAGCUCAAGCGUUUACGGUUACACAUCUGUGGAUUUGAUCGAAAAUGGAACAAACAUUGACGUUACCAUUGACAAUCUCGAAGAAUAUUGUGAUUUAACAUUGAAAUUCUGUUUGGAACGCGGUAUCGCCAGACAACUUGAGGCUUUCCAUCUCGGUUUCUCACAAGUGUUCCCAGUCAACAAGCUGGCCGCUUUCACGCCAGACGAAGCACGAAUGAUGAUCUGCGGUGAACAAAAUAUCAACUGGACACGUGAAGAUUUACUCAACUACACCGAACCCAAACUGGGCUACACUAAAGAAAGUCCUGGAUUCCUUCGAUUCGUCAACGUGUUGGUUAACAUGAAUAGCCAAGAGCGGAAAUUAUUCUUGCAAUUUACGACAGGCUGCAGCUCACUGCCUCCCGGUGGUCUGGCCAAUUUACAUCCACGGUUGACCAUUGUACGCAAAGUUGAUGCAGAUGCCGGAAGCUAUCCGUCUGUCAACACAUGCGUUCACUAUCUCAAAUUGCCGGACUAUCCCAACGAGGAAACAUUACGCGAAAGACUUUUGAUGGCAACCAAAGAGAAAGGGUUUCAUCUGAACUGAAGGUCGCACAGGCGACCAACAAAAAACCGGACACUCUCCGAAUAUAUCGAACUGGAUAAAGAUUUGAAACCAACACCGUUUAGCAACACAACUUGCCAGUCACGUGGCAUGCGCAGUAGCAUUCGGAAGAAACAACACUUUGAAAUAAAAAAUAAUCUGUGUUUUUUCCUUUCCUUUGACCUCUUUCGUUAAUUUCAAUUAUAUUUUUUUUAUAAGCUAAACUGAAGAUAUUGCGUGAUUCAAAAUCGUGCUGUAGAUGAUGAUGUUUUUGUCUCAUUUUUUUCACAGACGAAGAAAACAAUAACAUUAUUUAAAGUUUAUUCUAGGCAAAUUUCGAAUUCUUAUAGAACAGCGUACCAAUAACACACAAGUGAAAGAAAAAAGAAAAAAGAAACGCUCUAAUGAUUUUUUCCCCAUCGUACAUAACAUAUAUAUUUUUUUGUUUAACUGUUUUUUGUAGUUAAAAGCAAUUAGAAUGAAUUAAAACUCUAAAUACAAAGAAAACCAUAGAAAUAUAAAUGUAAUCAAAAAAAGGACUUUUUUGUCAGCGAGUAUAUUAUGUAGAGUGCGUUUGUAUGCGAUAAGCUGACAAAAAAAACAAUCGUGUGAUAAAUUUUGUUUUUUCUCCUUCUCACAUUAAAUUCAUUGUCAAACCAGCAAAA